AGAGCUGAGUACAGUGAAAUACUUCCUUUUGAUAAGAAGUAAACAAAAGAGUACUGUGACUUACCGGCAUAAGACUUUUACAAAAGGAAAUAAUUGAUUAGAUGUUGUGGCUUCAAGGUCUUGAAAUUAAAAGAAUAUUGAAGAGUACUUCAAAAGCAGAGUCAAAAUGGCAUAACUUUGUCAGGAAAAUGAUUCCUUUUGUUACAUUGAAGAUUUUUUUUUAUGUUGAAGAUAAGAUUUGCUUCUGACAUCAAGGAGCCAUAAACACACAACAUUUAAAACUUAGUUGCUUUUAUUCAUGUGUUUUAAGUAAUAUUAUAAAAGACUUCCUCAUUUCCUCGCAGUAGGACUGUGAAAUAGGAAGCUGUUUAGGACUUUUUCUAGUACUGUGAUAAGGCACAGAAGCCAUUGUAGUGCAUGUAUCUUAACUUUGUCAGGUGCUUCUUCAACACGAAAUGGGAUGUGAAGCUCUGGAGUCUACAGUCUUGCAGCCUCACAAUAUCUGAGAAUGUCUUCAGAGUUCUGACUAUUUGAACUGUUGGUCAGGUUUUCCCAUUUUUUAAUUUCGUGUUUUAUCUGUACUUCUGUAACUAUAAAGUCUUGAUUUUUAUAUUUUUUUUAUGAAUGCCAAGAAGAGCAACUUGAAAUGCCCGGAAUCUCUGACAAACGAGCCUCAAACUGUUCAGCACAAUUACGUGCAAGAGAAAGCAGUUAUCAGAAUAAGCCUGGUUUACAGAAGUGCUAAGGCAGGAUUUUUCUUCCUUCAUCUAGCAAGUGGAUUUAGAGCUCCUUUGCUCCACCCGGGCAUAACUGGUGUGGGGCCAAGAUUCAGUUGCUGUCUCAGCUCUCUGCAGCCUUACAUAAUUUCUUCUUUUCACCUCUGCUGUCAAAUGUUUUGGCAAUGAAAACAGUAAUAUAGCUUGUUGAAUCAAGGGAUAAUGAAUGCAAGAUACCUGAGUUUAUGAUGAGGUUGUAAGAAAGAAGAGAAUAUCCAUCUGUUCCUUUUCACAGAAAGAUGAAGAGAAUAAUCUUGCUGAAACUGGCUAGGUAAUCCUAGGUCUUCAUUUAUUCCAGGAUUUUUAUUUACUUUUUUUUUCAUUUGUUUGUGUGGCAAGAAUCUUACUUUAGGGCUCAGAACCCCUAAGAAGAACUUUUUCUCUCAGUUGGGCAAUCCUCAACUUGUGUGACCCUCUUUGUAGCUUAUGUUCUCAGUGGAAUUCUUUAAGGCUUCUUCACUGCAAAUUACUUUGAUGGUUUUGCCUGAAUAAUGUGCUUACUGAGGGUUCAAAACGACCUUUUUUCAAAACCCAGUAAAGAAAUGUUUGUUGUAAGUCUGUCCGUCUUCUUUAUUCCCUGUGAUGUUUAUCUUAUUCCCUAUAAUGAUGUGUAUAUUAUUAUAAAUUAUGACAAGAUUGAGGCAUAAGAAUGAUCUAUGUAUUCAAAUUCAUAUUUCAGAAAGCAAGCUGGACUCUCAUUGAUCGAACAAGAACAGAAAUGGCAGCUUUUGUUGUGGCUAAUCCAAAAGUAAAUGAGGAACUUAGGAAAAGAUUGCCAACUCCAAAUCAACACAGUUACACAGAAUUGAAAAAGAAAUGUACAGCUUCAUUUGAGGGAUUCCUGUAAGGAACUCAGAGUUCUGCGAUAUGAGCUCUGAAACCUUUAAGCAAAAACUGGACUCAGUGCCAGAUCAAACAAGUUCAGAAGAACAAAUGGAGAACUGGUCAAACGAAACACACAUCCUGGGACAGAAAGAAGAUGACUUUUGCACUGAGUUUCAGUUUCAUCUGAAUACUCAAAAAAAAUCAGAAUUUUUCAUCCAGACAGAAGCUGAAGCCCUGAAAAUUUCAGAUCUGCCAGUAACCAGUGAAAGAAGAGGCACCCCAUAUGACUGUAAUCCCAGUCCUCAAGAAUCAAGCAGUGUAGAAAGAAAGGCUAACAGGAUGCUCCCUGAAUUUGUAUCCUCAUGGAAUAAUGCUGCUGAUUUAGGUGGAAAAACAGAAACAUCAUUCCUUUUGAAAGAAUUGGACUAUCUGAGAGCAAAAAAUAAAAAGCUUGAAGAUAAGCUUUCUGAAAAGAACAAGGAGCUGAAGACAAUAAAACUGGACUUAGAACUGCAAGAGAGAGCUACAGAAGCUAAGGUUGCAGAAAAGAUUGCAGCUCUAGUGGAAGAAGUUUAUUCUGCUCAACGGGAACGUGACAAGGCUGUCAUGGCAAGGCUUAGGUUAGCCAAUGAAGAGAGGGAUGAAGCAUUUCUACGAGUCCAGCAUUUAGAAGAGUGUCUCAAAGAGCUAGAAAAUAUUAACCCUGAAGAAAAUGACAUGACAUUACAGGAAUUACUGAACAGAAUAAACAAUGCAGACACAGGGAUAGAUAUACUGAAGAAUGGAGCUAUAAUUCUGAAUCGAAUACACAGGACCAAAGAACUUAAAAAGAAAAUAAUAGCUGAGGAAAUGAAUGCAGUAAUAGAACAACGGGAUGCUGCUUUGUAUCAAUGCAAACGGCUGGAGCAGGAGCUUCAUCAUCUGAAAGAGCAGAACCAGACUUCAGCAAACAACAUGAGACAUCUGACUGCUGAAAACAAUCAAGAACGUGCUCUGAAGGAAGAAUUGGUAGCCCUGCAACAAGAAAAAGAGGCUGCUCUUCAACAGUGCAAAAAAUUAGAAGAAGAAAUCCAGACAUUGCGUGUUUAUUACAGCUUAUCCAAAUCUUUGCCUGAAGGAAAGAGUCUGCAGGACCAGCUUAACUGCGCUUUCGGUACUUCUGAAGGUGGACUACAAGGCAGAGCAGAUGUUGUGACCCUCACCUAUUGCCAGAUUGAAGAUCUGGCAGCUCAGCUGCAGCAAGCUCGAUCAGAGCAAAAGGACACAGAGCUGAAGCUCCAAAAGGCCCUGGAGGCUUCACAGGAGGCUAAUGAAAAAGUUCAGAAGUUGGAAAGGCUGGUGGACGUCCUGAGGAAGAAGGUUGGAGCAGGGACCAUUAGGACCGUGAUCUGAUUGAAAGCUCUAGUCUAAGGAAGCAUUCACAUCUGGUGACCAGGCUGCUUCAUUCAGCACUGUGUAAACACUAAAGCCUUAACUUAGCAAACAGUUGUUAGAAGUGGGACACUCCAGCGACAUUCCAAGCUGAGAUAAAAUCAAAUCAUAAAUGUUUAACUACUUUGCUGCUGAGUUCUGUGAUUUGUUGAAAUGUUUCACUGCAAACAGGUAUUUGUUUUUAAGCAGAUGCAUUGUGGCACUGUGUACUGUGGAAAAUGGUGUAGAUGCUCAAGAGUCUGUCCUCUCGGUGUUACUAGACUAUAGUCUGCUGCAAGGUACAGCUUGAUCACGUUUUCAAAUACUGCAGGCUUCAGGUGCAAAAUCCUGCAAAACAGUUUCAAAAUUUAAAUCUCGUGUCAUCUGUGGGACUGCAAACAGUCCGGUAUUUGUAUGUUAAAUAUAUUAAUUCAUAAUGUAGGUUCACAUUCGAGAACUAUCUAUGACUAGUGUAUUGGAGAUUUUUUCCGUCUUACUCAGCCCGCUGAAUUGAAGGUAGUGACUGUGGCUACAACUAGUGGAAGGAUACAUAUAUAGCUUUAUACAGUAGUUGUAUAGCUACUGUUAGUACAUGACAUUUUCACUGUACAUUAGAAAGAAAUGUACGGUUAGGUUUCACCAGAGGUACAGCUUCAUAAAUCCCGACAGGAAAGACUUGUGACAUUGUAAAGUAUCUUAGACAGUAGAGGAGGUUUCCUGUAUUGUUAAUAGCCAAUCGUCUAUCCUUUCCUUUGGGGUAAAAUCUCUUGGAUAUUCAGAAACCACCUUAUAGAGUUAAAAUUUGCCUUUUCAGUGUAAGUAGGUGAGUUCAUCACCCCCUUCCUACAAGAUUUUUUGUCUGCUGAUGCUAGACUUCUGAUUGCUCUGUAGUGCAGGAGUACCAUCCAGGCUGGGUUUGAGGCCAGCUUGCCAACCCUCUGCUCUAUGUACUCCUGAAGUGACCUAGGACUGAACUCAAAGGUGGAAGGAUAGACUCCUAUGGCGAGGGGCAAAGUUGUGAAGAGGAAAAAUUGGGAUACACAGUUAUUAUAUUCCUCUUGCCUACUCUGCUUUGUGUUUAAUGUUAUGCUGUCUACCCUCUUAGUGUUUGCUUAUACAGGUGUCAUGAUAGCACAGUCUAGCUGAAGAAAAUUAAAUUUUAAUUUUAGAUAAGGGAAGACAUUUCAAUGACUGUUUUUCCUUUCAAGCACUUCCAUGUUAAACCUUCAUUGUCUGCAGACCUGAACUCCUCCUAGUUUCAUUCAACCAAACCUAAGCACUUGCAGGGAGAUAAGUAGCAUUCCUACAAGCCAAAUUUACCCAUGUCACCUCCAUAAACUUCUGAAGUGCUCCUUUUUGACCUGUGGUCAAUCCUAAGAUAGCCAGAGAGUCUGGAGUCCCUCCCCUCCACCUAUCGAGUGGGAAGAAAGUUUAAUGCUUCCAUAGCAGAGGACUGUCACUGCUCAGCUCCCAGCUCUUUCACCAUCUCCCAUGUGUUGCUGUCCAGUGCUUGGGCCACUGCUGUUUCUCCUGCUAUCCUCAUUGAGCUUUAGUGCACCAAGCAAAAGACAUGAUCUCCUGAGCUAUCACUGCUGUUGAACCAUUUCUGCUCUAGAGAAGUGGUGAAGAAAGAAUAAAGAUACAAGGACUACCAUACUGUGCUAGACCAAAGGUCAAACUAGCUUAAAGACUGACUUUGUCAAUAAGCAGUAGAAGAUGCCUAGGAAAGGGUAUAAAGUCAGGCUAGCAUUAGUGACCUUUCUCCCAUAUGGUGCCCCAUCAGUUUGUUAUUUAGGAGAUUUCUGAACCAAAAGUGGUGUCCUUGUAUUUAGCAGCAUUUUUUCGUUACCUGUUUUCAAAUCCAUUUAAACUUUUGGUAUCUACUUUUUCCUGUCACAAGGACUUAUGCAGUUAAUGGUGCAUUGAGUGAAUAAUUAUUUCCUUUUCUGUGUCAUGAACCAGCUUUAUUCAUUUGUUAUCACCUAGUUUUUGUAGUAGAGAAACAGUGAGCAACCAUUUGUUACUGUUGUUUUCAUGUCCCUUGUGAUUUUACAUAUUUGGCAUCCUCCUCCCAGCAUAUCUUUUCCAGAGAGAACCCCUAGUCUCCUGUAAAGGAUGUGUGUCAUGUUUUUAAUUGGCCUUGUCAUGCUAACCUAUUUCUUUUCCAGUUCUGCAGUGUUUUUACUGAGACAACCAGAUUUGUGCCUGAUAUUUAAGAUGCAGACAAGUCAUGACUUUAACAGUUGUCACAAUGAUGUUGUCUAUUUUAUUCUCUAUGCUACUUGUAAUAAUUUGUAGCAUUGGAUUUCUUUUAUGACAGAUGGUUUCUUGGAAUUAAUAUUUCUGUAAUAAUAAAAAAUUCUAGAUCUCAGUUGUAAUAUUCAGCUCAGGGUUCAUCAUAGGGUGCAUGAAGAUAGAAGUGUUUUCUGAAUGCAUAACUUUGCAUUUAUGGGUACUGAAUGUCAUCUGUUGUUUUAUCAUUCAUUUCCUGGGGACCGUGAGCUCCUACUCCAUAUAUUUUCACACCUUAUUUUUAUUACUCGUGGUAGCAUAGUAUCAUCAGCAUUUCCAUGCUGAAUAUGGUGACAUAAAAUACUACCAUCUCCAAAUUAACUCCCUUUUCAAGGUGAUUUCUUAGUUGAACAACAUGGUCUCUGGGACAAAAACCCUAUAGGACAAUAAGGUAACUUUCCUUCACUGUGAAAAUGAUACCUUUAUUUUUACCCAUUGUUUUAAUCUAACUUCGAACUACUUAUUUUUCAGUUUUAAGAUCUUCCCUCUUACUCCAUGGCAGCUUUGAUGAGGAAGCUUUUUUGCUACUUUGGAAAUGCAAGUUUACUAAAUCAGGGCUUGUUAUCCAUGCAUGAAUGUGCCUAGCUCCUCCCUCCCCUAUGACUAUCAAGAGCUCCUCACCUUCGCCCAAGUCUUUUCACCUCUGAGCAAAUAAUUUUGUGAGUGCAGGCUUCAUACAGCAAGACUGUUUGACCUCCAGUUUCUUGUGCCCACUGGCUUUGUUUGGAAGGAUUAGACAGGCAAAACUCAUCUAGCAGACUUGAUGUCAGAUACAUCUGGUUGUGGGUAAUACAUGAUUCUAUAAAAUUAGGCAGUAAUUUUGCCUCAUAAUUUUCCUUUUGAUACAUUGUACCUAAGGUGAAAAAAAUGUUUCCUGACUCUGUCUGGUACAAAGUAGCCUGAAAUUCAGUGGGCUUUUAGUUAGGGGUUUUUAUCAUCCUGUAGGUAAAUUACUUUGAAUCAUAAUUAAAUUAGGUGUCAGUUUUAAAAUUCAGCAAGAAAUGUUUGUCUUCUUUGAAAAGGACCUUGGGAAAUUUACUGUGCUGAGAGGCAAAGAUUCAGAAACGGUUAUCACUCUUUCUUGCUAACAACCUGGUGUGUGGUCUUUGGCAAAUCCCUUAGUGACAGUCAUAAAAGGUAUGCAGCCCCUAAAGAGGUGCCUAGGCUCCUCGAGGGAGUUUGCAAAAGCAACUGUGCAGCCAAUGUCAAAACACUUUCGCUUCUUCACCAGCUGAAGUGAACACAGGUCUGGUAAUGCAGGCCCAGACUUUAGUGCCCUCGGGUGAAUUUCUGGCACUGUUGAACCUAGUCUGAGUUCUGUCUUUCAGUGUAACAACCGCAGGAAUUCUGAUCUGGCGAGUAGAAAUAAGUGGUAAUGAUAACACAGGUUAAUUGGCUUUUAUUAUAUAGUUUAUUAAUUAUGAACUGAUUGAUGUCUACACAGUGCUCUGAAAGUGAAAAGAAGCCUACCCCUAUACAGCAGACAAAUGCAUUUGUCACUUCUGUCCUAAUUUAUGAGAGAAAGAUGAGAUUGCAUCAGAUUAUGUACUAGGAGUAGCAGUUAAUUUGCCUCCUGAUGGAAUAAACAGUUCAUGAUGAAAGGUGGCUCACGGUAGGCAAUGCUUAUGGUGAUGGUAGUAAUUACUGGUCAGAUUACUGUUCCUGCUGUCUUGAAGAGCACUGAGAUACUCAGAAACGUCUUUUCCCUGUGAGAUUUUGUGUGUUUCUCUUGAUGAUCCUGCAGCACGUUAUGCAUUGGAAGCCAUUUCUGGUAUAUGCCAGGGUAAAAUAUGUAAAUAGCAUCAUGUUGGCUCAGGGUAAGAGUGUUAUUAAUGCUUUUCAGCACUGUAAUUAUAUUCAUAGUAAGCCUUCCCUAAGCCCUCACUAAUUAACAAUAUUGUGACAAAUCAACUUUAACAGAAAAGAACUGUGGGCCUUUCAUCUUUUAGUACUGCUUUUCAUUCAGCCUACAGCCCAAAAUUGGUGGCAUGCUUUUCUGUACUGGUGUUGGGAAAACUGCUGAUAUUUGAAAAGUUCAGAGCCAGCUCAGUCUUGUUAGUGGAAUCCUGUAGAUGAAGUUGGUUUGAUUCCUCUUUAAAUAUAUUCAUAAGAAUGUAAGAAUUCAUUAUUUAAUUGUUAAUGUAGGGGAAUAUUAGAACUACUUAUAUUAGAACUUAUAAUAAACCAUCAUAUUGAAAUAUUUUACUAAUGUCAAUAUGUUGUCAUAGGUGCAUUUAUUUAUUCCAAAUAACAGGACAUUUUACAAGAUACCUUAAUUUUCAAAUUGAAUGGCUUUAUAAAUAUUCUUAUCAGGUGAUCAAGAGUUGUAACAUCUUUAAUCCAUGUACACAAAUGAACUUCUUAUCUAAAUGUCAGGAUUUCUCUGUGCCUCUAUUUUCUUCGUUUAGACAGUUAGGAAGACAGUUAGGUUUGUUGGGGUUUUUUGUUGUUGGGGUCUUUUUUUUUUUCUUUCUUUUUAAUUUUACUCCAGAAUAUUUUUCUCCCAUGCAAAAAUAAACUAUGAGGCACAUGAAAUCACUGACUGGCAGUUUCUCUGAUACUGUGCUUGCUGUGAUUGCAGCGUUACAUGAACUAACUCUUAUUGCUGUACCAUUUCACAUCAGGUCUGCAGAACUGGACUUUUCUCUGUUUGUUCUUCUCAUGCAUUGGUAAAUAAAAUGUAUUCAGAAGUCCAAAAAACCAAA